ACUCUUCAGCUUGACACUGGAAGUUUCUCUUGCUUGAAAAACGAAACUGAUCAUUGCAGUAAAAUCUGUGAAAUUCCUACCUGACACUCUGUGUAUGUGCCUUUGACAUCUAUGUAGUUAUCAGGUAAGAGCCUUCAGCUGGCUACUGAAAUCCUUCUGGUUUUCCUUCUGCACUGGUCUAGAUGCCCAUGUCUGUUUGGAGCUGCCAAUACUCACUUUUAUAUGGAAAUCUGAGGUACUCAGUUGGAAGGAACUCGGUGUAAAACAGCCUUCUCAUGUUUAUUUAACCUAAGUAUGAUGCUUAAAAGUUCAGCUCAAAGGAACAGCUUACUUUAGUUUUCUUAUUUACUGAAAAGACUUCUGGAUGCCUUCAAGACUUGUUAGUCUGUUUUGUAAAAGGUUCAGUUCAGGAGAUGUUGUCCAAAAUUAAACUGUAUGCUUCUCUGACUGGAAUUCACAUCUUAGUCUGGUAGCUUGAAAACACCAAUGUGUCUGUUCAGGAAAGCUGUGUGACAGCUACCAUCACUUGAAGCUACAGAGAGGCUUUGUGAUACAACUGUUACCGACUUUUUUUGAUGGAAAUGCCACUUUAGCACUUAACCUCCAAAAAGAACCACUCAUUAGUUACUGUUAAAAAUACUUCUGUGGUUUUCUUUCCCUGUAACAGACAGGAGAUUUAAUUUUCAUUCUUGAUCUGAAAGGAUUAUUUCUAAGCAUUAUUUCUUCCAUUUAGCACAUAAUAAAAGUGAGAAUUUCAGUAACCUGUAUGCCAGCAGUUGAAAGCAGGCUUUGUUUGCUUUGUUGAACUUUUUUCCUUUUCAUAUUUAAAUCUUUAUUACAUGGAAUGCUAUUCAGCAUUCAUUCAGAGAAGACUCUGUUAACAAUAUUAAUUAAGAAAACAAAGUAAUAUUUUUAUGGAUAUUAGAUGUUACACAGAAUCUUGAAUUGUUGUAAGUUGAACGUGCUGAUCAAGUUCAUGUAAACUUUUGUGAGUACUGUUUAAUGAACUGGAUGUCAGUCUUGCUUACUGGAAGCUUUCAGAGAUUAUAGAAAACUAACAUGUUACAAAAGACAGUCAAAUACAUACAGCAUCUUUACCAACUUUAACACAUUUUGUCUUUCCACAUGUGAGUUUUUCAUGUCAUCUUGGAUUGUUUUGCUUCUUGCAGUUUCUAAUCUUGAGCAUGUCUCGUAUUUGGAACUCUUUUCUAUCUUGCAUUAAGUCCGAACGUCUUUUUCUGCUCUGGCUGAAAGUGACAUAACAUUGGGAGUAAUACAGCCCAUUUGAUCCAUUGAAUUUUUUAUAAAUUUGCAGGUAGUGAAGUUUUGGAAGGAGCACACUUGUGAGUUUUUGGACAGAAGGCCUAAUGCCAACUCUGUUAAUGGCACUGAAAUUUGAAAAAGCGUGGUGAUGAUUCAGAAUUAGUAGAUUUUGGGAGGGAGGGUAGAACAGUAGGCUUUGAGAAAAAUAGCAAUCACAUAUUUGGAUUUUAAAACUUCCAGUCAAAACUAUGCUAGGCUGAUUCUAGAUUCCUGUCAGUAAUAACACCUGAGAAAAUUCUCUUCUCUUCAGGGUUCCUUGACUUUCCCUUUGGCACAGUUUAUGUUGUUUAUUUUUCCUUAUUUCAAAGGACCUGGGCUCCUGUUGAGAAGUGAUGGAAUAAGCUGUGGCCGGCACCUGAGAUAUUGAGGGAGCAGCCCCUAAAGGAGCUUGCCUGGGAGACAGUUUGUGAAAUAACGCAGUAACAUGUUUGCAGUAACCAGCAUGUUUUGGAAAUUUGAUCUCCAUUCGUCAUCGCACAUAGAUACACUUCUGGAGAGAGAAGAUGUAACACUGAAGGAAUUGAUGGAUGAAGAGGAUGUUCUACAGGAGUGCAAGGCUCAGAAUCGCAAACUUAUAGAGUUUCUGCUGAAGUCAGAAUGUUUGGAAGACUUAGUUUCAUUUAUUAUUGAAGAGCCACCUCAAGACAUGGAUGAAAAAAUUCGAUAUAAAUACCCAAACAUAUCAUGUGAGCUGCUUACAUCAGAUGUCUCACAGAUUAAUGAUAGGUUGGGAGAAGAAGAAUCCUUACUCCUGAAACUGUACAGCUUCCUCUUAAAUGAAUCUCCUCUAAACCCUCUACUGGCCAGUUUCUUCAGCAAGGUGUUAAGUAUUCUUAUCAGCAGAAAACCAGAACAGAUUGUAGAUUUUUUAAAGAGGAAGCAUGAUUUUGUAGACCUCAUUAUUAAGCACAUAGGGACCUCUGCUAUCAUGGACUUGUUGCUCAGGCUACUGACUUGCAUAGAACCUCCACAGCCCCGACAAGAAGUGCUAAAUUGGCUGAAUGAGGAGAGAAUUAUCCAGCGGCUUGUGGAAAUCGUACACCCAUCUCAAGAUGAAGAUAGGCAUUCAAAUGCAUCACAGUCACUCUGUGAAAUUAUUCGUCUAAGCAGAGACCAGAUGCUACAAGUACAGAACAGUUCAGAACCAGAUCCACUGCUUGCAAGUUUAGAGAAACAAGAAAUCAUAGAGCAGCUUCUCUCUAAUAUUUUUCAUAAAGAAAAAAAUGAAUCUGCAAUUGUCAGUGCAAUCCAAAUACUACUGACCUUACUUGAGACAAGACGACAGACAUUUGAAGGUCAUAUAGAGAUCUGUCCUCCAGGCAUGAGCAAUUCCACAUAUUCUGUCAACAAAAGUGUUUUAGAAGCCAUAAAAGCACGACUUUCAUCCUUCCAUGAGCUCCUACUUGAGCCUCCAAAAAAAAGUGUCAUGAAGACAACCUGGGGUGUACUGGAUCCACCUGUAGGAAACACACGUUUAAAUGUGAUUAGAUUAAUAUCUAGCCUUUUACAGACAAAUACAAGCAGUGUGAAUCAGGAGCUUAUAGAACUUAACAGCAUAGGAGUCAUACUGGACAUGUUUUUUAAGUAUACGUGGAAUAACUUUUUGCAUACUCAAGUAGAAAUCUGUAUUGCAUUGAUUCUUGCAAGUCCUCUUGAAAACACGGAAAAUGGCACAAUUACAGAUCAGGAUUCCAGUGGGGACAAUCUCUUACUGAAGCAUCUCUUCCUUAAGUGCCAAUUAAUAGAAAGAAUACUUGAAGCAUGGGAGAUGAAUGAGAAGAAACAGGCUGAAGGAGGAAGAAGGCAUGGCUACAUGGGUCACCUGACAAGGAUAGCAAACUGCAUUGUGCACAGCACAGAUAAGGGGCCAAACAGCACACUAGUCCAGCAGCUCAUCAAAGAACUUCCAGAGGAGGUGAGAGAGCGAUGGGAAACAUUCUGCACAAGCUCUUUAGGAGAAACCAACAAGAGGAAUACAGUGGAUCUGGUUACUACCUGCCACAUUCAUUCUUCCAGUGAUGAUGAAAUAGACUUUAAAGAAACUGGGUUCUCACAGGAUUCUUCUUUGCAGCAGGCCUUUUCUGAUUAUCAGAUGCAACAAAUGACGUCCAAUUUUAUUGACCAGUUUGGCUUCAACGAUGAGAAGUUUGCUGAUCAAGAUGACAUUGGCAAUGUUUCUUUUGAUCGGGUUUCAGACAUCAACUUUACCCUCAAUACAAAUGAAAGUGGCAAUAUAGCCUUGUUUGAGGCAUGCUGUAAGGAGCGGAUACAGCAGUUUGAUGAUGGUGGCUCUGAUGAAGAAGACAUUUGGGAAGAAAAACAUAUUGCAUUUGCACCGGAGUCGCAGAGGCGUUCCAGCUCGGGCAGUACAGACAGUGAAGAAAGUACAGAUUCUGAAGAAGAGGAUGGAACUAAACAAGACUUGUUCGAAUCCCACACCAAUACAGAGGACAAAAUGGAAGUAGACUUAAAUGAACCACCUAACUGGUCAGCGAACUUUGAUGUACCCAUGGAGACUGCACAUGGUGCCAGUCUGGAUUCUGUUGGCUCUGCUGUAUGGAGUACUGAAGCACCUGUGCCAGCUAAAGAAACUGGCUGGGCUUCCUUUUCUGACUUCACAUCCUCUUUGAGCUCAAAAGACUCCUUAAGAAGCAAUUCUCCUGUGGAAAUGGAAACAAAUACAGAUCCAGGUGAUCCAUUGAGUGCAAAUGCAACUACUCAUACAACACAGCUAGAGACCCCCGGAAGUGUUGCUAUGGAGGCCAGCUCAGAUGGAGAGGAUGAUGUGGAAAAUGCAGACAAGGUAACCGAGACAGUCAUGAAUGGCAGCAUGAAGGAGACACUGAGCCUAACUGUAGAUGCUAAAACUGAAACUGCUGUUUUCAAAAGAGUGUUGAAAUCCUAUCGUGAGGAAGGAAAAUUGACUACCUCGCAGGAUCCUUCUUGUAAAUAUGUAGUAGAAGAGAAUACAGAGGUUGCAGAAGAGGUCCCUUCAGGUCUUCAGCCUACUAACAGCAGUCCAGAACAGAGGACUGAUCAGCACACCCAUUUAGGAGAGGCAUCUGUUAAUGGCCCUGUAUGAUAUGUGAUGUCUACUGCCUUGGCUGAAGAGAAAGAACUGAUGUCCAGGUGUUUGAGUAUUUCUUGAGGAUAUCAUCUAGACCCUGUUGAAGCCAGUCACUGCUGCACUAAUUUCGCAAGGAAUCAGGACCAGCAACAUUUAUAUUCUAGAUUUUAAGACAUUGUACAGAAAUUCAUAAGUGUAAAAAUAUUGCACAUUGAGAAAUACCAAUAAUUUUUGCGUAUGUUUAUAUUGUAUUGUUCUAAAUAAUGGGGGGCCUGUGAAAUAAGAUCCUGCUACCCAUGUAAUGAUGACAGUAGUGUUACUAUAGUUAAAAUGGCUGUAAGAAUAGUUUUAUAAAAAAGUGAAUACAAAAAUCUAAUGUAUUUGAGACAUAACUAUUUGACGAUUAGUGUGACCAAAGUAUUUAGCAGUUUUCUUACAUUUUUCACCUUGUAAAAAAGAAAAAGAAAAUUCAUGUUUUUUCUGAAACUGAAAUGCCCUAUAAAUGUUAUUUUGGUUGGUUUAGCUUACAAAAGUGAUUUAAAUAAGAAUUUUUUGGUGUUCAACAUUUUACAACAGGUUUUUUAAUUGGUAAUUGUUUUCUGUAUUGUUCUAAACAGAUCAAAAAAUGUAAGUCUAUUGGUAGAGAUUUUAAGUAUUUAUUGCAACAGCUUAGUUGACAAAUUGAUGUUACUGUAAAGCCAUAUGUUCUGUUAAGUCUAGUUUGCUUGAAACAAUACCUUCCAGGUGAAACACUAGAAUAUUUGGAGUGCACAUGGCUUGUUGUGUUUAAGUGGUUCACCUGCCUUUAAACAGUUCACCAAGAUUUAGUUUAAUACCAAGCAUUAUACAAUGGAACAUUUCAGAACAAUCUGCGUAUUUAAAACGCUAUAAUCCUUUUAGACAAGUCAAGUAAAAGAAAUGCUCAUGCUGCUAAUGUAAUUACAGUACCUGCAUUUUAAAAGUAAAUAGUGUUUUUAAUACAAAUUUUGGCAGCAGAGCAUGUUAAUUGGUAAUUUCACUGUACUGAUCUGUGUGAGGCUUUCAUUUGUAUGUUCUGAACCAGUUUUUUCACAGCUGGUUUGUGUAUAUAUAUAGUGAUUAUGGAAACUAAUUCUGUGUAAUUUAUAAUUUUCUAUGUCAGUGUAAAACUCCAACAGCCUUCUCAAACAAACAGAAGCAAUAUACUGUAUAUUGCCACAUUGUCUGGUGAAAGGGUUAAAAUACUUCUGCACUUUUAGACGCAAAACCAUUUUUGUUUCUGUAAUAGUCACAUUCAUUUAUUUUUUACAUCAUUUGUUUUCCUGACCAGUAUUUAAACCCAAAAGGAUAUUCUAAACAAUGGCCAAUGAUUUAUUUUAGAAGGCGUCCCAAACAACGUGCCUAAACAUUACAUUGCAUACAGAAAUAAAA